AUGACCAGAGACUGCGGACAUAGUACAGGAGAUGACCAGAGACUGCAGACCUUGGGGGAGCAGAAGAGGGGGUACCCAAAUUUGACAGGUACCCGCUCCCACUUCCGCAGAGUUGUCCUCCCUCCCCGUCUUCUGGGACACAUGACAGGUCCCAGAAGACUGCCGGACCAUUCACAAAGCGCAGCACUUCUUGUGCAUGCGCAGUGGGCACCCGGCUGUGAAGCCGCAAGCUGCCACAGCCGGGUGCCUACACUAAAGAUGCCAGCACCAGGGAGAGAAGACGGUGAGGACACUGCUGGACCGAGGAACAGGUAG